AUGACCGGAACAUCGGUUGCUCGGGAUACAAAUCCAGACCUCACCUUUGCGAUGCUGCCCGAAGGUGGCACCGCGAAGUGGAGGAAUACGGGAAUCAACCUGGGCAGCGAUCACUUCAUCAUCGAAAUUAAAUUACCGCUGGCUCAUCUCAACGGAAACCCGAACCGUGACAAAACAAUAAAGCACAAACUCGUCGACUGGAGCAAGUUCCGUAACACAGAACUCGGCGAAGUCGACAAUAUCGACGAGUGCCAGGCUGAUGGACAGCUUCACCGUGGCGGCACUUGGAAACUCCUCAGGCAACUGAUGGAUGAGACCAAGAGCUGUGAAUACCAACGUACACGCAUGGCCCAAAUUCUACACACCACCGCUCGUCAACUGGGCGAAGAGGAGAUGUUCAAGCGACUCAACGAGCGCUACCUCCCCAUCACCAGUCACGAAGAUCACCCAGACUACGCCGGCCAGCCGAACCUCCACCUCGACCGAGAUCUAGAGGAAUGGGAAGUGAGGCAGGCGGCCCAGGACCUGAACUGUCGUUCGGCCGCCGGACCCGACAGAGCUUUCGUUAUAAGCCACGCGGCAUAUGCGGGGGCCUUUCACCGCUGGACUGGCGCGGAACGAGCCAAGAUCGACGCUGCCAUCCGGAAGGCUUACGCAGGGGCUCUUGGCCUCCUACCAGGCACAAAGACAACGGCCUUGCUGUCUCUGGGAACACACAACACGCUCUCGGAGAUCAGCGAGGCCCAGAGAGCUUCGCAGCUGAGCCGCCUGAGCGACACAGCCGCGGGCAGAGGAUUACUCGAUCGGAUGGCGUUUCCGCUGGGCUGGCAGCUGACCACCGCGUUGAUCGUUUCUGCGGUGGCAGCCUCGGCGCACGCCUCCUGGACCCGCCUACUGACGGAUGUCAUUCCCGGUCUGCGUACGAUAGUAGCUGCACCGGAAACGACUAUCAACGAAACCGUGCCGGUUGACUUGCACCAAUAUGACCAAGAGGUACAGGACCUUCUGGAUUCCAUUUUGGCAGCGCACAACUUGCCCAGCGACUCUGGCCAAAGACGCGGAAAGCGCAGCACAUCGCUCGACGUCUCCAUCAAGGACAGCCUCGGCGUACAUCGUCUUCAGCGUCUCUCUCCUUUCUCGGAUCUCUGUGAGCGGCAGUUGUACGUUAGCUUCGUGCCUUACGCCGGUGAACUCUAUGCUGUGUGUGUUUCUGCGGGAUCAAAAGACAUACGACCAAGGCUGACAGUGGGGACAUUAUCGGGAAGCAAGUGGACUCCUGUGGCUUAUACGGAUUGCGUUGACCCGAGAAACGUUGUGGGCUUCACCUUUAACAACAAGCUCUACAUUGUAGCCGCUGACGCAGGACUUCCCAAUGGAGCUGAGCUCCAGUUCUUUGACAAGGACACGAGAAAGAUUUACAUUGACCACACUAUCAACAGCGCUUCUCCGACUUCUGUGGCAUUUUGGCAAAUGAAAUCAAAUGGAGAGUUCAACCUCGCACUCGCAAAUUCCGGAAAAGACAUGUUCACUUCCAUCUACAACUGGAGAGCCACGUACUUCGACAAGUACGCCCAAGUGGAAAGCAGGGUAGUGUGCGACCUGGAGCCGUUCUCCAUUCAUAACCUGGACUUCCUGGCCGUGGUGAACAAGCGUUUCUCCAGAGACACCGCCAAAGUGAGCACGGUCAUCUACAAGUACGACCUGUCCCGCAACGCGUGGAAGACGUUGCAGCAGAUUCCCACGUACGCCGCUACGGACGCGGAGUUCUUCACGCUGGGACCAGACUCGUCGACGAAGGAAUUCUUCUUGGCCAUCGCUAAUCAAUACGAACAGCAUGACGACCACCGCAACUAUGCAGUCAACUCGGUCGUGUACAAGUACGUGGACGGGAAGUUCGUUCCGUUCCAGUGCCUGCACACCACGGGUGCUACCAAGAUCGCGGCGUACGAAGGCGCCGGCGGCGAAUUCCUACUGGCCGUGGGCAGCCUGUACGAGCCGGUGCAUCUUUAUCAGUACAAUGGCUGGCACUUCGUCCUCGCGGAGGUUCAAUACACCCAGUCCACGAUGGGACCCGGCGUGCACGACUUGACCUUCCACCUCCUACAGCCAUCACGGGACCUGCUUCUGGCUGUAUCUAACCCUUCGACCGAAGGUCCAGGCGCGUACAAGGUGGACUUCUAUCACGACAACCAGAUCCAACGUUGGUACGACGACAGCCUGCGCUGGUGUCACGAGUCCUCGCGGUUGGCCACCGAAGAGUCUGCUCAAAGGCUCGUUUCUCAAUUGGACCAAGUGUACUACGUAGACAAGCACGAGACCAUACGCAUUCCGGGCGAAGUAGUAUUUCAGGACCUCCACGUCCAGGAGGCCAUUCGAGCUCAGCAGUUUGAAGAGCUUGCGUCCGGAGAGAGUUACAGCAUGAAGGAUCUGGAAGAGCUUGAAAAGCUUCAAACGGAACUGAACACAAUGAAGGACAACCUACGAGGCAUGCUGACUGAGCUCAACGACGCUUUGAAGCUCACGGGAGACCAAGUCCUUAUUGGCGACUACCACUUUAAUGACAUCGCCCUGGACUGUCCGACGCAAGGCUGCAAACUUGGCCAACUCGAAGCCCUUUACGUGAACAAGGAGGACGUCUCCAACCUUCCCAGCCGCCUGUUCUUCACCAAUGCGCCUCAAUUCCCCAAUGCUGCCAUGUCGUUCGAGAGCCUUAGUGUUCAGAAUUUGCAGGUGGACGGGAUGGUCAAUGGACUCAAUGUCUCCACUUUCGUCACCGUCUCUGGGAAUCAUGUUCUCAGUGGCAACAUCCGCUUUUCAAGGCCCAUCCAUGCUCUCAGCGACGUCGUCACCAACAGCCUCAGUGGAGUCUUCUUCUCGCCUCACCAUCUCCUGCUCACAGAAGGCGACCAAGUUCAGAGUGCGGAACUUACGAUGACAGAUGCCACGGCUGAUGUCUUGCACGUUGCCGCAUCUUGCAAUGGAAUCAGCCUGGACAAAUUCUAUCGGAAUGCAUUGACUCUUGAUGGUAAUCACGUCAUCACUGGUCGCAAGAUUGUGCGGGACCUGGCUGUGGAGGGUUUACUGCAGAUAAGCGACUCGAGACUCUUCAACAACGUUAAUUUACGUGAUCUGUGGCGUUCAGUCAUGUGGAUUCACGGUCAUCAAGCAGUCGCAGCUACCCACGAAUACACAAACGUUCAGUUCAGCGACAUCAGCGUUCGCGGUGCUGUCAAUGGUCUCCAGAUACCAGGACCUGACGUUGUGUUGGUCAACCAGAACGUUACAAUUACGGCGGAAAAAGUGUUCCUUGCCGACUGCUUAGCACGGGAGCUCCACGUGAACAUCGCACUCAACGGAAUUCGCCACAUUCCGGAUCCGUCUUCUGACUGGAAGGGUCAACUUGACAUGCUGGUGAAAACGCCAACACAGCGCGUUACAGGGCGAAAGACUUUCACCACAUUGCACCUUGACGGACACAGCACCGUUGGACGAUUUGUCGAUGGUGUGGACUUGUCGCAGUUAGCGGAAUUUUUGCGUAGGAGACGCACCACCGUGAUGAAUGGGACGUGGACGUUCAAGGGCAAAGUUGUCUUCGAAGAUAAAGUAACUGUUACCGGAUUGAUCAACGAUCGGAAGUUGGAUGACUUGUAUCGCUACGCCCUCCGCCUAGACACGCCGGUAUUUCCGAACUUCAAGAAAGUGCUCUUUACAAACAACGUGCAGGUACGGAAUCUCUCUAGCCCCGACAUCAAUGGACUCCACAUGCCAUCGUCGUUUAUUCUGCUACGCGGACCAAAAGUAAUGCACGGCGAAAAAGUGUUUGCAAAACUGAGGCUCGCCGGAGAAGUGUUGGUUAAAGGACUCCUCAACGGUGUCAACCUCGGUGUCUGGAAAGAUUCGCUUCUGACCCGUGGCAACCAGGUUGUUCGUGCUCCUAAAGUCUUCAUGAGAAACUUGCACGUGAAAAAUCUUGUCGUCGAAGAAUCCAUAAAUGGGGCAGCCAUUUCGGACCUCUGCCACCUCAAUGAAAACUGCUUAAUCACUGCUCCAAAGGACUUCGAAACAUUAACCAUCGACGGUGGCUUGACAGUCAACGAUUUCAUCGUAAGAAACAGAAUCAACGGGAUCCGUGCAGCGGAGCUUCUUCAGGACUCCAUGCUCUACACUGCACACCAAGUUGUUUCCGGACGCAAGAUUUUCACAAACAACUUAACGGUUCCGCGGCACGCCAACGUGCGAACGAGCAAUUUCUCUGGAGUCUCUCUCGGUGAACUUUACCUGGACGCUGUUACGCUGAAGGGGAAUCAAGUUAUCGCAGGCGAGAAAGUGUUCACCACCACAGUAACUGCCCCACGGUUUGAAUUCGAGUCCCUCCUGGAUGGUGUCACGCAAGAAGACAUCAAUAACUGGAUGCUUCAAGGAGUAGAUCAAGUGAUCGGUGGUGACAUGGUGUUCGAAAACAGCCUGGAAACUCUUGCACCACUCACUAUCCGCGGUGCCAUAAACGAAGUUAAUAUACAAGAUCUUUUUAGCAAAAUCGCUUUCAAGAAUGAGUCUACGACGUUUUCUGGUCCUGUAAGGUUCGAGUUUCUCGGUUCUAUGGCUGAUGUACACGUGACUGGCACUGUCCAGGGCAUCGAUGUAUCUGAAGAAGUUGUCGACGCCUCGAAGAACGUGACGGUAUCUGGAAGAAAGUUCAUGAAGAAGGGAUUCAACGUCGAUGGAAACAUGUGGGUCAGCGGACUCGUGGAUUCGGUGAAGGUCGAAGAGCUGUGCAAAAAAGCGCUAACUACAUUCGGCAACCAAUUUGUUGCUCCGACGACAGUGUUGGGCGACGUUACUUUCCACAGGGGAGUGAAGGUUGACGGGCUCAUCGAUGGAGUGGAUCUGCGAGAGCUGCAUUCAUCUUGCGCGAAGACCAAUGUACCCUCGACGCUGCGAGGAAGCAAAAGGUUCAGGACCGUCGUGAUCGAAGGGCCUCUGACACUGAGGGGUACGCUAAAUGGCUUCAACUUCGAUUAUCUGAAAGACCAUUACAUGAGUGUUUCCAGAGACCAGAUCGUCGAAACCAAGCUGAAAAUGCCCACUGCUCAUAUCCACGGUUCUCUGCAUUGUGCCAGCGUCGAUGCCUCUCUGGUAAACGGCUUCAACUUGCCUUUGUUCGUGAGCUCCGCGUUGCGCACACAUGGUGAACAGACCAUUACAGUGCCUUGCAAGUUCCACAACGCCACUGUAAAUGGGGACCUGCAUAUUAAUGGCAAAGUCAAUGGUGUCCAACUUCCGCAAGAAGUGUUCACUAAAGUCCGCACCAACGUGGUUUCCGGAACACUGGCUGUGACUGGAAACGCUACCAUUGCUGGAGCCCUGACCAUGCCGGAGUCCGCGCGCUUGCAAGGGGUGGACGUUUCUGCUUGGGCGAGGAUCGCCGUUUUCAACGAUGGCCGCGAAUAUAAAAUUACCGGAGUCAAGGCGCUGCGAAAUGUCCACACCGGCAACGCUAAUGUCCAGGGCACCGUGGACGGAAUUAACGUAUCGUCCAGUGAACUGCUGAUAACGUCAACGGAACAAGUUGUAACCGGAAGAAAGACUGUUCUGGGCAAUGCAGCCAUACAUGACCUCCGUGUCACUGGGUACCUUAACGGUGUCAACAUUCACGAAUUUGUUCACCAGGCCAUGCUCAAGAGCAGGAACAACACCGUCACCGCCCCUAAACGCUUUGUGAGUGGAUUAAGCAUCGCCACGCUCCACACGACAGGCCACAUUGGAAACGUCAGCUUGCGGGAUCUCAAGCAGAGCAUCAGAUCCGUCGGUGAAGUGGAGGCACUCGCCCAACGACUCGGACUGCAGAAGAACCAAAUCGAUAAACUAAAUGUCGCUUUUCAAGAACAAGCUGUUCUUCUCGCCUACUACGAGCAGAUAUUCGCCUUCACCGUGGGUCCAUCCUACUCUGCUCUUUAUGCGCCGUUGCGAGACUAUUCAGACAUAUUCCUCAUCAGUUCACCAGCUUUCCGUAAUCGACCUUGCGGCAUUCUGAAAACAUUCAAACUCCAGGCACCCUACACGAAAGCAUUCCCUAUGCAACAGGAUACCCCAGUUGCCCAGGGUGCUUCACUUCACUUCAUAUCCACUCAAGCAGCAGAUUACAUCGUUGUCGUCAAUGAAAACGCUGCCGCUGCGUGUUCGAAGCAAGUGCCUAUUCAAGGUGUUCAAGGUGCCGGCUACAGCUCUGUGGAAAUCUUCAGGUGGGAUCCAGCGACGAAAUCUCUCAGCCUGUACCAAGUCAUCAGAAUGAACGCCCUGAAGAGUGUGUCUCCUUUCAACUACGAAGCACUAGGGUGUCUAGCAGUAUCCGCUGAUGGUCACUUGAAGAUAUUCUGUGUGCAUGACGCCUCGAAGGGAUUCCUCAUGCACCAGAACUUGCCGAUGCACUAUAGCCACGAGGUUUCAGCCCAUGUUUGUCCUAAAGACGGAUCUGUGCUGAUAGCCAUAUCGGCCAAGCAAUCUGGCCACUUCGACCGUGUCUUCGCCUACCGUUGGUCCCGGCACGGUCUCCAGAAAAUGGCCAGCAUCGCUGCUGUCUCCGUCGGCUCUGUCGCUGUGCUUGGCAACUCGGACGCGUGCCUCGUGGUGGUCGGCCAGAGAAGAGUGGCUGGAGUGGACACGCCCACGUCCGUAUACAGUUACAUGCCCGGCCACAACCAGGAGCUGCUGGAAGUGCAGAGGUUAUUCGCGGGUGACGUGCAAUCCAUCAGCUGGUUGCCGUCGCCAGAUGGCCGCACGAGCCUAAUGUUCAUCCGCUCCAGUGGAGCGGGAAAAAAUCUAAAGGUCUACGCUUUCAAAGGAGCCUCCGGUUUUCUUGAGCAGCAUUCUCUUCACGUUGAUGAAUCCUUCCGGGAGGUACGGACUUUCCGAAGGGCCGAUAGCAUGCACUUCAUCACGCUGUCGAACAGCCGCGAAGAACCUUCUGCAGCUAUCUUGGCCUCCAAGGUCAAGGGAACGCCUUACAGCCAUCCUUAAGGGGGCAUUUGUUCAGGGUUCUUCUUAACAUACUUUUACCACUUGUUGCGUCUUAAUCCUCUACACUUGUUAUCUGGUUCAUAGAACUGUAACGACGACAUAAUACAAUAAACUUUUACGUUUUUACAACUCGUUA